GGGGAUCACAGUGACGAAUGGCUGUGUAUCUCACUCCACAAAGUCACAACAUAGAUGAGGAACAAUAAUGACAUUGACAGCAGCUACUGCAUGGUCCUGCAUAUUGCUGUCAUCAAAUGUGCUGAGAUAGUCUGUGUAAUUAUUGCUUGGAAGCAUUUUAACAUUCAGGCUAAGCAACUCUGUGCAUACAUGUUGCAAUCCAUGGUAAACCAGAGCACUAGGGAAGGUGCGACGGGAGAUGGCAAUAAAAAUCGAGAAAAUGUAAAGCAAUCCUUCGGAAAUAAUCUCGCCACUCCUGUUCCCUGCCUAGCGUUCCCACGAGCCACUUGGCUUACAUAAUACUCGGCAUCUGCUCGGCAUCGCCGUCCCCUUGGUAUUUGAGGUCGACGAACUGAACUGGCGUGCCGAACUCUAAGAAUUGAGCACGCCUGGUGGCAGGUUU